CUGUUUUUUCUCCUACCCAUAUAGCUAUAUACUUAAUCAACACCAACAAGAAGACCUCACGAAGUUUCUACAAGUAGAGAGAAAAGAAAGAAAGAAAGAAAGGGAAAGAGAGAGAGAGAGAGAGAGAGAGAGAGAAAGGAAAUACUUGUUCUUGAAGAAGACGAAGAAAGGAGAAGGAGGAGAAGGGAGAUGAAUAGAGGCGUUGUUCAGAGCUCGCCGGUGCAACAAAUGAUGAUGGCGGCCGGAAACCCUAAUUGGUGGAACAUCAACCAUACCAUGAGGCCUCCUGUUUCUGAUAAUAAUCAACAACCAUCUUCUUCUCCUUUCUUCUUCUUCUCAUCACCACUACCAUCAUCAUCCAAUAACUUCAUCUCUCCAUAUCCACCAGCUUCUUCUCCACCUUUCCCUUCUAAUUGGCAUGCCAAUCAAGAUCAGCUUCCUGAUUCCUGGAGCAACCUUCUUAUGGGUGAAGAAGAAGAAGAAGAAGGUAAGAAAAUGGGAAACUGGGAGGAGCAAGUGCUGAUGAGUGAGCCUCAAAAUGUUGCUCUUGUGGAUGUGAAGCAAGAGACCUCACCGGCCAACAGUUAUGUGUAUGGAGGACAUGGCGGCGGCAACAGUAACGAAGAGUUUCCAGUGGCUGCAACGGCCAUUAAACCAGGUGGUGGUACUGUUGCUGCUAUUUGGUCUCAUCAUCAUCAUCAUCAUCAUCAGAUAGUGCCUCCAGCUGCUGCUUCUUCUCCACAAUCCUGUGUCACAAGUUUCAGCAGCAACAUGUUGGAUUUCUCUACCACUAAGAUAGAGUCUAGGCAUCCUCCUCCAGAUCGAUCUUCUGAGUGUAACAGCAAUGGAGGUGGUGGAGCAGUGAAGAAAGCUAGGGUUCAACCAUCUACGACGACACAGUCUAGCUUCAAGGUUAGAAAGGAGAAAUUAGGUGACAGAAUUACAGCCCUUCAUCAACUUGUUUCCCCCUUUGGAAAGACUGAUACAGCGUCUGUCUUGUUAGAAGCUAUAGGAUAUAUCAGAUUCCUUCAGAGUCAUAUUGAGGCCCUUAGCUUACCAUACUUGGGCACCAUUACUACUGGAUCAUCAUCAUCAAACAUGAGGAACCAUCGCUCUGUUCAAGGAGAGAAGAAUUGUAUAUUCCCUGAAGACCCUGGUCAGUUGCUGAAUGGAAAUGGCUUGAAGAGGAAAGCAGAUGAUGAACAGUUGCAGGAAUUACAGGAAGAAGCAAAGAAGGAUCUGAAGAGUAGAGGGUUGUGUUUGGUGCCAGUUUCAUGCACGCUUCAAGUUGGAAGUGAUAAUGGAGCUGAUUACUGGGCUCCCGCUCUUGGAGGAGGCUUUCGAUGAAUUAAUUCAAAUUAAUUCAUUAAUUAGAAUUAAUUAAUGGAGGGUUAAUUUGAAAGCACACAAAGCAAGAGGUAAUCCAAAGAGAUUAAUUAAACUUCAAAAAUAUAUAUUCAUGGAUAUGUUAUAAUAUCAUGAGCAGUCAAUCUGCUAAAAUUUCAAGGCUGAUUGCUCAUGAUGCUAUACACCAUUCCUGAAUAAAUAUAUAUAUAUAUAUAUAAUAAUAAUAAUAAUAAUAAAUAUAUGUGCGCAUGUGUGCUUUCGCAAGUAUUUUUAGGUUCUAGCUAUAUAUAUAGCCCCAUGUUAAUUAAUUAAUUACUUAAGACUCCUUCUUCAUGGAGAUCUGACCUCAGUCUCUUUAUUUGUUGUUGUUGUUUGUUGUUAUUAAUAUUAGAUUUAUUAGUUAAGAUCGAUGGUGGUGGUGCAGUGUUAAUUAAGUUUCAUAAUUAUUGUACAUGCCUCAUGCCUGUAUCUUUAAUCAUUAGAAUGCUUCUUUUUUAAGCAGCAUUAAUUGAUUAACCAGAAUCAUAAUCACACUCGAUUAAUUACUUGAUGCUCU